AUGCCAAUGUCAUCCCACCAAAUGGAAGAAGCAGCAGCCCUCCUCCCCGGUCUACUCGCCCAAGAACAAGAACUCCAAUUCUUGCGUUUCACAAACGACGACGCCCUCACUCUCGGAACUCGUCUUAUUACCCUCGCCAGGGAGAUGACCCCCUAUAAGGGAAUCACUGUCGCCAUCACUCGGAGCGGUCAAUUGCUCUUUCACCACGCCAUGCAAGGAACGACGGUCGACAAUGAGAAUUGGAUCAGGAGAAAGACAAACACAACCGUCCGCCUGCAACACUCAUCCUACUACAUUGGACGUCUCCUCGCCACAAAGAACCAGACAGAGAUGGAACAAACCUACAGGGUUCCCACGGCCGAUUAUGCCUGCCACGGAGGUGCUUUCCCUUUAAUCAUCAAGGAUGUCGGUUGUGUUGGCGCCAUUGUUGCGAGCGGGUUGAAGCAGGAUGAGGAUCAUGCGCUCGUUGUCCUAGCUAUCCAGGAGAUGAUUGCUCACCAGUUAAAGUCACAGUAG